AUGACGGCCCUGAGCAUGGCGUGCGAAGACGGCAUGUUCUCUGCAGCCCUGUCACUUUUGGAAGCCGGAGCGGACGCCACGGGAGAGUCGGACGGCUUGGUCGAGGGGGCCGACCCCGCGCUCCGCAUCUACGAGCAGAAGCCGCUCGAGUUGGCGCUGCUGGCUCGGUCCAAGCAAACAAACGGGAGGACGGCGGCAGUGAAGCAGCGGCUCAUCAACCGUCUCAUCGAGUUGGGCGCCGACCCGGACGCAACGGUCUGCAUUUCGGCGCGCUGCAACUGGACGGGGCCUCUCUUGCUGAAGCUCAUCCGCGCGAGGCGUCGUUGGGAGGCUGAGAUGUUGCUCUCCUCGGGCCUCUUGGACAUUGAUCAACGCGACUCCCACGGUGCGACGAGCCUUACCUGGACACUCUCCACGUGCCAUGGGGACCCUUUCACGGCGUCGAUUUUGUUGCGGCGUGGUGCCAAGAUGGACGAGGAGGUGUUGGGCACCGUCAUCAACAAGCUGGUGCGGCUGGCGGAUGCGCGAGAUGAUUGGGGUGUGAUCAGCCUCCUGACGCGAGAUCCCAAGCUGUUGAGGAUAUUCCAUGUGUUGUACUCGCACUGCUUUUGGGCGGCAUCGAGAAGCGGCGAUGCGGUGGCAACGCGGUUUCUGCAGGAUUCGCCUAGGUCAAUCGUGCGUACGGUUACGGAGAUGCUGAAGCACGGAAUCAGUCUGACUAAAACAGGAGUCAUUAAGGUGUUGCGAUUCAACAAAAAUAAGGAGAGAGUGCCAGGACCUGUCAUCGCGGAUAUGUUUUCAUAA